AUGGCGGACAACACGACAGAGCAGACUCACACCGAGUCGCAGAUCUUUCUCUCUACUCGGGGUGGUGACUAUGGCCUGUCCUUCGAGACCGUUGUUCUGAAGGGACUCGCUGCCGAUGGCGGUCUCUUCCUCCCCCACCGAAUCCCUACCGCAAACGACUGGCAAAGCUGGAAAGAUCUGUCCUACCCGGACCUGGCCUUCCAGAUCCUGAGCCUGUAUAUCGCGAGGUCCGAGAUUCCUGCAGAGGACCUAAAAGGCAUCAUCGACCGCAGCUAUUCCACUUUCCGCGCGGAGGAGGUCACACCUUUGGCGCACCUCCACGAUAACCUCUACCUCCUCGAGCUCUUCCACGGCCCCAGCUACUCCUUCAAAGACUGCGCUUUGCAAUUCCUGGGGAACCUCUUCGAGUAUUUCCUCGUCCGGAAGAACGAAGGCAAGGAGGGCAAAGGGCAGUUGGCUGACAGGCCAGCAGACAGGCAUCACCUUGCGGUUGUCGGUGCGACUAGUGGUGACACCGGCUCAGCUGCCAUCGAGGGCCUCAGAGGCAAGAAGGAUGUUACAGUCGUCAUCUUGCACCCCAAGGGCCGCAUCAGUCCCAUCCAGGAGGCUCAGAUGACCUCCUGCCCCGACGCCAACGUGCUUAAUCUUGCAGUUACUGGCACCUUCGAUGAUUGCCAGGACAUUGUCAAGGCUCUCUUCAACGACCCCGAGACGAACAAGAAACUCAAGCUGGGCGCGGUCAACUCGAUCAACUUUGCUAGGAUAUUGGCCCAAAUAGUGUACUACUUCUACUCAUACUUCUCUCUCGCCAAGAAGUCUAGCACUUUCAAGGUCGGAGACAAGGUCCGAUUCGUCGUGCCGACUGGUAACUUUGGCGAUAUCUUGGCAGGUUACUUUGCCUACCGUAUGGGUCUCCCCGUCGAUAAGCUCGUUAUUGCCACCAACGAGAACGACAUCCUCGAUCGAUUCUUCAAGACCGGACGAUACGAGAAGAAGCCUGCCCACGGCCAUGAGGCCGAGGGUGGCCUCAAGAAGGACGGUGUUGAGGCUCACGAAGAUGGGGCCAAGGAGACUCUCAGCCCAGCUAUGGACAUUCUCGUCUCCAGUAACUUUGAGCGUCUCCUUUGGUUCCUCGCCUCCGAGUUCGUUGCUACGGCGGGCAUGGACGACGAGUGGAACAACAAGCAGGCUGGCCAGGAGGUUGCGGCAUGGCUCAAGGAUCUCAAGACCAAGGGCGGUUUCGGUCCCGUGUACAAGGACGUCCUUGACAACGCCCGCAAGUCUUUUGAAAGUGAGAGGGUGAGCGAUCCGCAGACUCUCGAAACCAUCAAGGCGACGUACCAGAAGAUCGGAUACGUGCUCGACCCUCACACCUCUGUUGGCGUUACCGCUGCCCUCCGGUCCAUUAACAGCGUCGGGCAGAGCGUCCCGCACAUUUCGCUCUCGACCGCCCACCCGGCCAAAUUUGCUGGUGCCGUUGAGCUGGCUCUCAAGGGCGAGCAGGGCUUUGACUUUGCAAAGGUGUUGCCCCAGGAGUUUGUGGAGCUCGAGAAGAAGGAGAAGCGCGUUUCUACUGUGAACAACGACUGGCAGACGGUGAGGGACGUUGUGAUCAAGCAGGUCGAGAAGGAAGUCGGUGCUUAG